CCAUAAAAUGCUGCUAGGCUCUUUUGUUUCCGUCCAAUUUUCUGAAGUAGCACGGGAACAUUUGCUUGUUUCAGUCUCCCGAUAUGAGCGGUCGUAGUGGUAGAUAUCGGGAUGAUGAAAUACCAACGCUGUAUGUACGACAGGUACAUUAUUCCGCUCGGCCUGAUGAUUUACGUGCGUUGUUCGAACGAAUGGGACCUGUUCGUGAUGUCUAUAUUCCCCUGGAUUAUUACACACGUGAAUCACGGGGUUUUGCAUACGUAAAAUUUGAAUUUACACGGGAUGCAGAAGAUGCUUUGAGGAAGUUAAAUGGCGCAAGCAUUUUGGGAAGACCUAUAGAGGUUGAAUGGGCUGAAGGACAACGAAAAACAAAAACAGAAAUGCGUGCAAGAGAUUCCUAUAGUUCAUAUCGUGUUCGAAACCGUUACCGCAGUCGUUCACCGCAUAGGUCUGGACGUGAGCGUUCACCGCGACGUCGAUCACGUUCAAGGCGUCGUUCACAUUCACGAUCAAAACGACGAGCGCAUAAAUCACGACAUCGUUCUAGGUCGCGACAUCAUUACAGCAGCGCAAGAUCAAGAAAUAGUAGGAGCACAAGUUCAUCAUCUGCUAGUGUUCGAAAAAAUCGCGAUAGGGGGCGGAAAAUAGAGAGGUCAAAAUCGCCGCCUCUUUCCAGAUCUCUAAUACGUUCAUUAGAUGAAGUUAAAGAUCCAAGUGAUGAUGAGCAAAAUGUUGUUAUCAAUGAACACAAUAUUUCAAAUCGACAAAUUGCUGAAGAGCUUAAGGAACCAAUCAUCGAUGAACUGGAGAUAAGAAGUGAAGCCCGAGCUAGUGAUAUUGAAGUCGAUGAAAGGCAAAUUCAAAAAACUACGCAGAAGAAUGGAAGCAUUGUCUACCUCGAGGAAAAUUUUGGAGUUGACAUUGAUGGAAGUAAUACUUCAGCAACCGAAGAGGAAGAGGAAGAUAAAGCAGUCACAGACAUUGAAGUAAUUGAUGAGAUUGUUGAACAAAAUGGUAUUGUUUUCAAUGAUACGAUUAUCGAGGGUGAUUGCUUAGAUGGUAAUAUUAAUAUUCCGGAAUUACUAAUAGCUGAUACCACGGUUAAAGAUGAAUUUUGAUUAUUUGUUUUUCUUUUUUUUUUCGUGAAAUUAUAUUAUAAUUUCCUUCAUUUUGUCUUAUUUUCAACUAACUCUCAAGACAAAAAAAAGACAUAAUUCUUGAG